AUGGAGAGCGAAAUCACCCACAUCCUCGCCUCCCUCUUUCUCGCUCAGCCACCCGCGCUCCCAGCCAACCGCAUCGCGCCCAACCUCGCGACCCGCCUCCGCCUCCUCUCGCUCCCCGACGCCCCGCCAAGGGCAAACGACCCGGCGUCGUCCCUGGCAGGCACACAUCCGCACCCGCACCCGCUCGGCUUCCUCCCCGAAGCUCACAGCGGCGCAGCCGACGACGGCGGCGAUGAUGGCCCCAACAGCGACGCAGCCAGGACGCGCCUCAUCCGCUGGCUCGUCACCGACCUAUACCCCUCCGACCACCCCGUCCCCACCCUAGACCGCGUGUCCGACCUCUUCUGGAGCCUCCGCGCACGCCUCAUCAGCGCUCCCAAACCCGCACACAUCGCACACUUGCACAGCGACAUCGUCCAGCGCACCCUCUACGCACCCGGCGACGCCCGCAGCUUCCGAAUCCGCCUAGACCUCUCACCAGGCCAUGCCGACCCCGAACAGCUCACCGUUUUGCUCGUCGCCGACUGCGGCAACCCCACCGGCAUCACAGUCAGUUACGAAAACAUGCUCCCCACCUCGUCCAUCCCCAUCGUCGGCGACGUAUGGUCGGCCGUCGUACCGCCAAUGCACACACCCGGCCCGCAAGCCGUCUCGUCGCUGGCAGCCGCGCCGGCAUCCUCAUCCGCAACGCCCAACGACCAAGACGAGCAAGACCCCGCAGAGUACAUUGGCGACGCGGACGACUUCUGGGCCGGCUACUCGGACGACGAGGGCAGCAUCGCAGCACCAUCAGCGCCCGACACCCGGCCGGCUCCAGGCGCGGGCGUUCCAACCGAUCGGCACGCGUUCGGACUCACAGUUGACCAUCGUAACGGCGUCUCGGAUCGAGAAGAGCUAGUGGCGCUGCGGGAUGAGAACGUGCAGCUCAAGAAGCAGCUGCGCACCGCCCUCGACGACAUCAGGCGGAUCCGCGACGAGGCCAGCACGGUCAUCGCUGCUCUGGAGACACUCCUGCCGUCCGCGGCAUAA